AGAGUCGCGAGAGGUUUUUGGUUUCAUAUCUCUCAUCCAUUCACAAAUCGAUUUUCACACAGAUUACUUCUUCUUAUCCUUUCGUCUUCUUCAUCUUCUUCUUUAGUGUUUGGAAUGUCUUAUGAUGAGAUGCUUGCUGCUGCCAAGAAAGCCGUCUCUCUCGCUGCUCGUCUCAGUAACGAAGUGAGGAAAUCUCUGUUGGUAUCUGACGUUUGGAACAAAUCAGAUGAUAGUCCUGUUACUGUUGCUGACUAUGGUGCUCAAGCUGUGGUUAGCCUUGUUCUUGAAAGGGAACUCAAGAACGAACCUGUGUCUUUAGUCGCUGAAGAGGAUUCUGCUGAGCUGAGGAAAGUUGCUGCUGAGACUGUUUUGGCACGUAUUACAGAGCUUGUUAAAGAUACUCUUGCCACUGAUGAGUCCUAUGCUGCUUCUUCUUUGACUUCUGAUGAUGUUCUCAAGGCCAUUGACUCUGGCAAAUCUGAAGGAGGUCCCAAGGGUCGUCACUGGAUCUUGGAUCCUAUUGGUGGCACCAGAGGGUUUAUAAGAGGAGAACAAUAUGCAAUAGGAUUAGCAUUGUUGGUGGAAGGCAAAAUAGCGCUUGGUGUAAUGGCUUGUCCUAAGCUUCCUUUAGCCUCAACUGCUGGCAGCAACACACAGAAGACUUCACCUGAAAAAGUGGGUUGCCUUUUCUUUGGUGCUGUUGGCACUGGAGCUUAUGUACAGUCACUCAACGCUCUCGACGCUCCUCCUGUGAAGGUGGAGGUAAGUAGCAAUGAUGAUCCGGCAAAAGCGAGUUUCUUUGAGUCAUACCACACACCUGUCCCUAUUCAUAACACCAUUGCUAAAAAACUGGGGAUAAAGGAGUCUCCAAUAAAGAUCAACAGCCAGACUAAGUAUGCAGCUUUAUCUAGAGGUGAUGGAGAGGUGUACUUGAGGUUUACCCGCAAAGCUAGACCCGAAUCAAUAUGGAAUCACGCUGCUGGAUCAAUCCUAGUUUCAGAAGCUGGAGGGAUAGUGACUGAUGCAGCAGGGAGUCCAUUGGAUUUUUCGAAAGGGAAGUAUCUUGAUUACAAGAGAGGGAUUGUUGUCACGACGCAGAAGCUGUUGCCAAGGCUGUUGAAAGCGGUGAGGGAAUCACUUAAAGAAGAGGAAGAGGAAGAAGAGAAAGCUGCUUCUUUGAAACUUCACUGACAAGCAACUGUAAUAUACCUUGUUACUGUACUCUCUCUCUGGGGAUCUCUGUGUUUUUCUCAGACUAUUAUCAUUGGAAAAAAAAAUUAAAACUCGACUCUGAUAUAUAAUAAACACUAAUUCUCUUUUGAAUAUAGUUUUCCUAAUUGUUUAUUUUUAAUUAUCUGAAUUAUGAAAGUAGUAUGUGAAUGUAAUUUGAACAACUUUUGGGAUGAUUUGUGAAGAUAGAGGAAUCUUGGGGGAGAAAGUGAAAAUGUGUACGUAGCUAACUGAUUGCAAGUUUGCAACGCAUCUAUUUUUGUAAUCGCGA